AUGGCGAGCCUGUGGCCGUCCAGCUCGGGCCCCGUCACUCCCAGCCCGACACCGCCACGGCCACUGCUGCUGUUGCUGGCGGUGGCCGCGAGUGUCCUGCCCGGCGCCAGGGGGACCUGCCCUGAGCGAGCGCUGGAACGGCGAGAGGAGGAGGCGAAUGUAGUGCUCACGGGCACAGUGGAGGAGAUCCUCAACGUGGACCCGGUGCAGCAUACGUACUCUUGCAAGGUUCGCGUCUGGCGGUACCUGAAGGGCAAAGAUAUUGUGAUCCAGGAGAGCCUGCUGGAUGGUGGCAACAAGGUGGUGAUUGGUGGCUUUGGAGACCCUCUCAUCUGUGACAACCAGGUGUCCACGGGGGACACCAGGAUCUUCUUUGUGAACCCUGCACCUCCGUAUCUGUGGCCAGCCCACAAGAAUGAGCUGAUGCUUAACUCCAGCCUCAUGCGAAUCACCCUGCGGAACCUGGAGGAGGUGGAACAUUGUGUGGAAGAUAAACCUGGGUCCCACUUCACACCAGCAAUCCCGACGCCCCCAGACGCGUGCCGGGGGAUGCUGUGUGGCUUUGGUGCCGUGUGUGAGCCGAGUGCAGAGGGCCGGGGGCAAGCGUCCUGCGUGUGUAAGAAGAGUGCCUGCCCCAACGUGGUGGCGCCCGUCUGUGGUUCAGACGCCUCCACGUACAGCAACGAGUGUGAGCUCCAGCGAGCACAGUGCAGCCAGCAGCGCCGCAUCCGCCUGCUCAGCCGCGGCCCCUGUGGAUCCCGAGACCCCUGCUCCAACGUCACCUGCAGUUUCGGCAGCACCUGCGCCCACUCUGCUGAUGGGCAGACAGCCGUGUGCCUGUGCCCUACCUCCUGCCCAGGGACCUCUGAGGGUACCGUGUGUGGCAGCGAUGGCACCGACUACCCCAGCGAGUGCCAGCUCCUGCGCCGCGCCUGCGCCCGCCAGGAAAACCUUUUCAAGAAGUUUGAUGGCCCUUGUGACCCCUGCAAGGGCACUGAUGACCAGAACCGAAUGUGCCGCGUGAACCCUCGGACGCGGAAGACAGAGAUGCUCCUUCUGCCCGAGAGCUGCCCCCCUCGGCAGACACCUGUGUGUGGUGACGAUGGCAUCACCUAUGACAACGACUGUGUGAUGGGCCGCACUGGCGCCACCCGGGGCAUCCUCCUCCAGAAAGUUCGCUCUGGCCAGUGCCAUUCACGAGACCAGUGCCCGGAGCCCUGCCAGUUCCAUGCUGUGUGCCUGUCCCGCCGGGGCCGCCCCCGCUGCUCCUGCGACCGAGUCACAUGUGAUGGCGCCUACCAGCCUCUGUGUACCCAGGAUGGGCACACGUAUGACAACGAGUGCUGGCUCCAUCAGGCUGAGUGCCAGCAGCAGCGCACCAUCCCUGUGAGGCACCGGGGCCCGUGUGGCCAGCCCCCAUCCCCCUGCCUUGGGGUCCAGUGUCCUCUUGGGGCAACAUGUGUUGUGAAGAACGGCGAGGCUGCAUGUGAGUGCUCCCAGGUGUGCUCCGGUAUCUACGACCCCGUAUGCGGCAGCGAUGGUGUCACGUAUACCAGCAUGUGUGAGCUGGAAACCACAGCCUGCAUUCUCAGCCGAGACAUCCGAGUGGCACGCAAGGGGCCUUGUGACCGCUGUGGGAAGUGCCAGUUCGGAGCCCUGUGUGAGGCUGAGACGGGACGCUGUGUGUGCCCCUCUGAGUGCGUGGCCUCGGCCCAGCCCGUGUGCGGUUCUGAUGGACGCACCUAUGCCAGCGAGUGUGAACUGCAUGUGGCCGCCUGCACCCACCAGAUCAACCUUCAGGUGGCCUCAGUCGGACACUGCCAAGCCUGUGGUGAUGUGGUGUGCGCCUUUGGGGCCGUGUGCUCAGCAGGGCAGUGUGUGUGUCCUCGGUGUGAACACCCCCCACCUGGCCCUGUGUGUGGCACUGACGGUGUCACCUACCGUAGCGUGUGUGAGCUCCGAGAGGCGUCCUGUCAGCAGCAGACACACAUCGAGGAGGCCCGAGCAGGGCCCUGUGAACUGACCGAGUGUGGUUCAGGAGGCUCGGGCUCCGGGGAGGAUGGUGAGUGUGAACCUGAGCUGUGCCGGCAGCGUGGUGGCAUCUGGGAUGAAGACUCAGAGGAUGGGCCGUGUGUCUGUGACUUCAGCUGCCAAGGUGUCCAGCAGAGCCCGGUCUGUGGCUCUGAUGGGGUCACCUACAGCACUGAAUGUGAGCUGAAAAAGGCCAGGUGCGAGUCACGGCGGGAAUUGUACGUCGCUGCGCAGGGGGCCUGCCGAGGCCCUACAGCUGCCCCGUUGCCACCUGUGGUUCCUCCACACUGCUCCCAGACUCCCUACGGCUGCUGCCAGGAUAAUGCCACCGCUGCCCGGGGUGUGGGCCUGGCUGGCUGCCCCAGUGUGUGCCAGUGUAACCGGCAUGGCUCCUACGGUGGCUCCUGUGACCCGGGUUCUGGCCAGUGCUCCUGCCGCCCCGGUGUUGGUGGUAUCAAGUGUGACCGCUGUGAGCCGGGCUUCUGGAACUUCCGAGGCAUUGUCACCGAAGGCCGAAGCGGCUGUACCCCAUGCAGCUGCCACCCCCAAGGGGCUGUGCGUGACGACUGUGAACAGAUGAGCGGGCUGUGCUCCUGUAAGCCUGGGGUGGCAGGUCCCAAGUGUGGACAGUGUCCAGACGGCCGGGCCCUGGGUUCCACUGGCUGUGAAGCAGAUGCCGAAGCGCCCAUGAGCUGUGCAGAGACGCACUGCGAGUUUGGUGCCUCCUGUGUAGAGGAAGAUGGCUCUGCCCGCUGCGUGUGCCCGACUCUCACGUGUUCAGAAGCCAGUGCCACCAAGGUCUGUGGAUCCAAUGGUGUCACCUACGGUGAUGAGUGUCAGCUGAGGACGAUUGCUUGCCGCCAGGGCCUGGAUAUCUCUGUUCAAAGCCUUGGACCCUGCCAGGAUUCCAUCACUCCGACACCUGCAGCUACCCCUGUGCCUGUCACACACAGGGUACUGCUGGCUCCUCCCAGUGCCAUCCCUCUGACUCCUAGCAGUACCCCCCGUAGUCGACCCACCCCUCGACCCUCAUCACGACCGUGGACCACAGCCAGUGUGCCCCGGACCACAGGCCGCCCGGCACUGACUGUGCCCCCUACAGCCCCCACCACACUGGCCAACCUGGCCACAUCAGCCUUUGGUGAAUCGGGCAGUGCUGAUGGUGGGAGCGGCGAUGAGGACCUGAGUGGAGAUCUGGAGGCCAGUGGAAUUGGCUCUGGGGGACUGGAGCUCCCUGAGAGUGGUAGUGCUGUGACCCUUGGAGCACCCAUUGAGAGAGCUUCCUGCUACAAUUCGCCUCUGGGCUGCUGCUCAGAUGGCACAACAGCCUCGCUGGACGCAGAGGGCUCCAACUGCCCAGCCACCAAGGCCUUCCAGGGCGUGCUGGAGCUCGAGGGGGUCGAGGGGCAGGAGCUGUUCUACACCCCCGAGAUGGCUGACCCCAAGUCUGAGCUGUUUGGGGAGACUGCCCGUAGCAUCGAGAGUGCGCUGGAUGACCUCUUCCGGAACUCAGAUGUCAAGAAGGACUUCAGGAGCGUGCGCCUGCGGGACCUGGGCCCCGGCAGUUCAGUCCGAGCCAUUGUGGAUGCCCACUUUGACCCCACUACGACCUUCAAGGCACCGGACGUGGGCCGGGCCUUGCUCAAGCAGAUCCAGGCAUCCCGACGCACAGCCUUAAUGGUAAAGCGGCCACUGCAGGAACAUGUGCGCUUCAUGGAUUUUGACUGGUUUCCUGCAAUCUUCACCCCGGGAGCCACCACUGCCAUGGCCGGAGCCACCACUGCUGCCCGCCCACCCUCCUUUGCGACUCCCCGAGCCCUCUACCCGACUCACACAAGCCGACCCCUCAGCAGAACCACAGCCCACCCCACCACUCACCGACCUCCCACUACUGCCCCGAGCCGUGUGCACGGACGCUGGCCUCUGCUUCCAGUCACCCCACGGCCCCCGCGGCCCUGUGACUCCCAGCCCUGCCUUCACGGUGGGACCUGCCAGGACAGGGAUGCCAGCCAGGCUUUCAGCUGCAGCUGCCCCAAGGGCAGGGGGGGCGCCGUCUGUGAGACGGUGCUAGGACCUGCGGUGCCAGCCUUUGAGGGCCACUCCUUCCUGGCUUUCCCCACACUGCGCGCCUACCACACGCUGCGCCUGGCAUUGGAGUUCAGGGCACUGGAACCACAGGGGCUGCUACUCUACAAUGGCAAUGCCCGUGGCAAGGACUUCUUGGCACUGGCCCUGCUAGGGGGCCACGUGCAGCUCAGAUUCGACACCGGCUCGGGGCCCGCAGUGCUCACCAGCUCGGUACCCAUUGAGCUGGGCCGUUGGCACCGCUUGGAGCUGUCUCGGCACUGGCGCCAGGGGACACUGUCAGUGGACAGCGAGACUCCUGUAGUUGGGGAAAGCCCCAGUGGCACCGAUGGCCUCAACCUGGACACAGACCUUUUUGUGGGUGGCGUCCCUGAGGACCAAGCCACUGUGGUACAAGAGCGAACUUCAGUCAGCGCUGGCCUGAAAGGCUGCAUCCGUCUGCUGGACAUUAACAACCAGCAGCUGGACCUGAGUAGUGAGGAGGCCAUGGCCCGUGGUGCUGGUGUGGGUGAGUGCGCAGAUAAUGCCAGCCUGCCUGACCCCUCUCAUAGAGGCGCCCCAUGCCAGCCCUUAGAGGCUGAGGCGACUGGAGUCUGGAGUGGGUGCUUGAGCCUCAUGGGACCCCCUCCAUCCUCGUCAGGCCUGACCUGCGCUGAUGAAGAGAGUCCCUGUCAGCCCAACCCCUGCCAUGGUGGGGCACCCUGCCGCGUGCUGUCUGAGGGCAGGGCCAAGUGCGAGUGCCCGGUGGGACGAUGGGGCGCCUUCUGCCAGACAGUCGCAGAGCAUGAAGGCACCUUGCCCUUACUGGCUGACUUCAACGGCUUCUCCUACCUGGAGCUGAAAGGCCUGCACACCUUCGAGCGAGACCUGGGAGAGAAGAUGGCACUAGAAGUGGUAUUCCUGGCCCGAGGUCCCAACGGUCUGCUCCUCUACAACGGGCAGAAGACAGAUGGCCGGGGGGACUUCGUGUCUCUGGCGCUACAUGGCCGACACCUGGAGUUCCGAUAUGAUCUGGGCAAGGGGGCAGCGGUCAUCAGGAGCAAGGAGCCAGUGGCCCUGGGCACCUGGACUCGGGUCUCCCUGGAGCGCAGCGGCCGAAAGGGUGCCCUGCGUGUUGGUGAUGGUCCCCGAGUGCUGGGAGAAUCCCCGGUGCCGCACACAGUCCUCAACCUGAAAGAGCCGCUCUAUGUUGGGGGAGCCCCCGACUUCAGCAAACUGGCCCGGGCUGCUGCCGUGUCUACUGGCUUUGAUGGUGCUAUCCAGAUGGUUUCUCUAAAAGGCCAUCAGCUGCUGACCCAGGAGAACUUGCUGCACAUAGUGGACGUCUCAUCUUUUACAAACCACCCCUGCACCCAACCCUCAGGCCACCCCUGCCUCAACGGGGCCUCCUGCCUUCCACGGGAGGCUGCUUAUGAGUGCCUGUGUCCCGGGGGCUUCUCAGGCCCACACUGCGAGAAGGGGCUGAUUGAGAAGUCAGCGGGGGACCUGGACGCUCUGGCCUUUGAUGGGCGGACCCACAUUGAGUACCUCAAUGCUGUGACGGAGAGUGAGAAGGCAUUGCAGAGCAACCACUUUGAGCUGAGCCUGCGCACGGAGGCCACGCAGGGGCUGGUGCUGUGGAGCGGUAAGGCCACCGAGCGGGCCGACUACAUGGCGCUGGCCAUCGUGGAUGGGCACCUGCAGAUGGCCUACGACCUGGGCUCCCAGCCUGUGGUGCUUCGCUCCACUGUCCCCGUCAACACCAACCGCUGGCUGCGGGUCAAGGCGCACAGGGCACAGAGGGAAGGCACCCUUCAGGUGGGCAAUGAAGCCCCUGUGACUGGCUCCUCCCCACUGGGCUCAUCACAGCUAGACACAGAUGGAACCCUCUGGCUGGGGGGCCUGGAGAAGUUGCCCACAGGCCAGAGCCUGCCCAAGGCCUACAGCACCGGCUUUGUGGGCUGCCUGCGGGACGUGGUGGUGGGCCAGCGCCCACUGCACCUGUUGGAGGAUGCUGUCACCAAGCCCCGUCUUCGGCCGUGUCCUGCCCCCUGA